UUCAUAUGCAGGUAUAUAACUGCUAUGGAUUUUACGCAAGACUAGACUGGUUGAAGUGUCACCCGUUGACGAUUGUGGAAUAACCAUGUCUGACAUUCCGUGCGCCGUCUUCCUCGUUUUCUGUGUAGUUUCUUGUCAAAGUUUCCCUAAAGGUGAAGUGAAACAUUGUAAUCCUCGUGGAAUGCAGAAUCUAGAACCGGAAAAGCUGACAGGCAUCUGGUACGGUUACCUAUGGCGACGCCAUCCCAUGGUGCUGGAUGACCGUGUUUUAACGGAAUACGCUCCCUACGUAACAGCGGCCGAAAAUGGAACUUUGUCAAUCCUUAUCGAAGCGUUGCCGAAAGACGGACAAGCGUGCAUAGUUAUCGAUGAGCUUUCUAGCCUUCAACCCACAGGGCAGUCUGGGGUAUACGCCUUUGGCCCACCAGAGAGCAACAACCAUUUCAAAAUCAUCGACACGGACUACAUCAACUAUUCGGUGGUACUCGUGUGUUAUGGUGAGAAAAGGCAAGGGUGGUGUCAAAAAGACGCCAUUCAGAUUUGGAGCCGUCGUGUUGGCCUGGAUCCGAUUUACGUUUACUCCGGAAUGAAGACCAUUGCCCAGCGACUGUGUAAAACGUUUGAAGGGUUCCGUUUCAGUGUACACAAGUUAGCCUGUAACCUCCGAGGGCAGGUAACCAAGAAAUAAUCUGAAGUGAGCCUCGCCGGCUAUUAUCCACCCUUACUGUACGCAAUAGCGAAGCAGCUCCGAGCAUGACACAAAGUUUCUGACUAGUCAGUUGAAAUGCUAACGUUAUUUCUUAUAUGACUAUGAAUGCCAUUAUAUAAAUUAAAUUGGUGUAUCAAGAAAGCAGAGAAAGAUGAGUGUACACCUUGUACUACAAAAACGAUCAAUAUAUUUAAAAAAAACCGACUAGGUUUCCUCGGUUUCUUUACAAUUUCUUUGAUUUAAUACUUUGACCUAUAUGCUACACAACUGUUUCAUGAACCUAGGUGUACUAAACCACUAAGCGACUAGUGCUUUUUAUUCGGAAGUCCUUUUCAGCUUUACAUUGAAAUAAA